UAAUUUAGCACAUCUAAUGCCCAUAGUCAGUGCUGCUAUUGCCUCACUCCGACCGCGCCAUAUUUACUUUCCUGAAUUAACAGAUGAAAUACGCAAAACACAAAUUGAAUUUUCCAAAAGAGCUAAAUUCCCAUAUGUUAUUGGUGCUAUAGAUUGCACACAUGUAAAGGUUAUCAAGUCACCAGGUGGCGAAAAUCCAGAGAUAUUCCGUAACCGGAAAAACUACUUUUCUUUAAACGUUCAAGCCAUCUGCAAUGCAAAAUUGGAAUUUACAGAUGUGGUCUCUCGUUGGCCAGGAAGCACACAUGACUCAUAUAUCUUCAACAACUGCUAUAGACGGGCAUUGUUUGAUCAGGGACACUAUGGAAAUGCUGUUCUUGUAGGAGACGCAGGUUAUGCGUGUAACAGUUACAUGAUGACUCCAUUAGAACAAUGCAGUAAUGGUCCAGAAGACUUAUAUAAUGAGUCUUAUAUUAGAACGAGGAAUUGUAUAGAAAGAGUAUUUGGAAUAUGGAAAAGACGUUUCCCAGCCAUGGCUACGGGGUUGGGAGUUUCUGUGCAGAAUAGCUUCCCAAUCAUCAUUGCUACUGCUGUACUACACAAUAUUGCAAGAAGAAGUGGUGAAGUCAUACCUCCUAAUGACAACCAAAUUAUAAAUCCAGAUUCUUGGGAUGCAUUAAUAACUCAGGGUGAUAUUAGCAGUGAAAAUAUUAAUAAAGGACAAUCAUACAGGACAAAUCCAAAUUAUAGAAGACGUAAUGAACUUAUCACAAACUACUUUGGACGACUAACAAGAUAAAUAUUUGGCCCAGCACCAUUGGACAUUACUCAAGUCAGUAGCUGCUCAAAUUCCAAGAAUAAAUUAUUUGAAACAUUAUUUCUGAUUGUCAGUCUGAAAUCAACCAUAAUUUUUUUCAUGAACAAUCAUUGCACUAUAUUUAUAAAUUUACAUUUUGAAAAGAGCACCUAGCUUCACUGAUGGGCAAUUUCAAUUUAGACAUUGCAAAAGUGCUUGUUUAUGGACUAUUGAAAUAGAUAAAUGAUUUGAUUUUGAAACUUGAAAAAGAUAGUCAUCAGUAACAGUAAAUUGAUGUUGUUAAUUUUGAAGUUGCUUUGAAUUAAAUUAAAUUGCUCUGGAAUAA